UUUUUAGGGAACUCGCGUUAAGUUUCGCCCUGAUUGCGAGUAGAGGUGUCGUCUCUCUCCCUAGUGAUAAUGUCGAAGCUUCAGUUAAGUUUCGCCCUGACUUUGUAGAUGAGCCCGAUUGGUCUCGUAUCUUCGAAGAAAGAUUUAAAGUAAGCUUUGUGCUUUUACUUUGAUCAAUUCUAUUGAUAUUUAAAUAUACCAUGCAUCAACACAUGACAGAUGCAGAUUUCAAAUAGUCGUCGCGAAAAAACAUAUACGAUGUAUUCAAACGAGAAUGAACAUGUCGGGGAGCAACUGUUAGAAGACCAGAGAAAACGAACCAGAGACGAACCUAUAAUUUCGGAUACGAAAAAAGCAAGUAUAGCCAAACCGUUUAACGUUUCCUUUGAUGAAUAUGUUGACUCCUAUGAAAAUGAUAGAAUUGAAAUUUUCGAUUAUCCUGAAAUUCUCGACGUGGAACCUUUGUCAGGCUGGGAAUUCGAUACACCGAUGCCAAGCUGGUUAAAAAAAGCGAUGGAUCGACACAAAACAUUAAUAACCACUAUUGGUGAUCGGACAGUGUUAGAGCCUGUCGCUGAAAGAUGUUUGCAAUCUCUUGCCAAGCUGAAUAAUGAACAGAUCCGUAUGAUAGGUGAAAUGGUUAAGUAUGAAGGAAUACAUGGGGCAAGACCUGAUCUUGGAAAAGAUAUAUCAUAUGGCCGAUUCUCUCUAUGUGAGCGUGCAGGCUCUAAAGUAAAUAACGAUACCAAGAAUUUUUCGGUCAUUCUUAAGGUUUUAAAAACACUCAGAGACAUGCACAGAAGCUUAGUCAAAGCAAUUGCUAUCGAAAGUGGAGGAGCACUUUCAAAACAAGUUUUAAAUGCUUGUAUUAAUUAUGCCUGGUUUCGCAUCAUCGUGGUUCUACCUUCGUGCUGUCCUUAUAUAUAUGUAGGAGGCGGAUUCUACGCAUCAUUUGAAUUGGAAAAGUUUGAUAUCCCUACUUCGUAUGAUGAAAUUUGGAAGCCAACCAAAAUUGCACGCAUUAUGUUGCAAAGUAAUCCCAUCCAAAUUCAGACUUAAAGAAAUUGUUGUGUUCCACAGUUUCUCAAUUCAAGCGCAUUAUAGAAAGAGACGAGAAAGAAAAAUUCCUUCCCAGAAAAGUAACAAUCAUUAAGGCAAAAGAGUCCCGUACACCAAAAAAAGCGAAAAAACCAAAGUCUGAAG